AUGGCAAGGGAACAUUCAGGUGGUGGCAGUCUUCCGAGCGAGUCGUCCUCAUCAUCUAACCAUGGAAAUCCAGCAUCGACGCCGGAUUCCCCAACCUCCACUGGUUUCAAUACCGAUCAGCUUCCAUUCAACACCAGCCGUACCUCCGAGAACUACUCCGAUGCAGAUGAAGCCGCCGUCGAUCCCAACAUCAUCAGAGAUGAGCCCGAGGAAGCUGACGAAGAGGAAGAAGGAGAGGACCUUUUCAACGACAAUUACAUGGACGAUUAUCGGCGAAUGGACGAGCAUGACCAGUACGAAUCGUUGGGGCUGGAUGACUCCCUUGAAGACGAGAGGGAUUUGGAUCAGAUCAUGGCAGAUCGGAGGGCCGCGGAGACAGAACUUGACGGCAGAGAUGGUCGUUUCUCUCAGCGCAAACUUCCUCAGAUGCUCCACGACCAAGAUACCGACGAUGAUAAUUAUAGGCCAUCAAAAAGAACUAGAGCUGAUUUUAGGCCUCCCAACAACACAAGAAGCUUUGAUGAUACUGAUGCAAUGCAAAGUUCUCCUGGCAGAUCGCAACGAGGACAUUCAAGAGAGGAUGUUCCCAUGACGGAUCAAACAGAUGAUGACCCAUAUGAGGAUGAUGACAAUGAUGAAGGUGAGUUUGAGAUGUAUCGGGUUCAGGGAACACUGAGAGAGUGGGUUACUAGAGAUGAAGUGCGCCGCUUCAUUGCCAAGAAGUUCAAGGAAUUCUUACUCACGUAUGUGAAUCCAAAGAAUGAGCAUAAGGACUUUGAAUAUCUCCAGCAGAUUAAUGAGAUGGUGUCAGAUGCACCCCAGUCUGUCCUCGAGGUUAUGGAAGAAGUUGCCAACAAGGUUAUCUUUGACUUACAUCCAAACUACAAACAAAUUCAUCAAAAAAUUUAUGUUCGCAUUACCAAUUUACCAGUUUAUGAUCAGAUUCGCAACAUAAGGCAGAUCCAUUUAAACACCAUGAUUCGCAUUGGGGGAGUUGUGACCCGGCGCUCUGGAGUCUUUCCCCAGUUGCAGCAAGUAAAGUAUGAUUGCAACAAGUGUGGAAUGAUUUUGGGACCCUUUUUCCAGAAUUCGUAUUCUGAGGUCAAAGUUGGUUCUUGCCCGGAGUGUCAGUCAAAGGGACCAUUCACUGUUAAUAUUGAGCAGACGAUUUACAGGAAUUAUCAGAAACUUACUCUCCAAGAGAGCCCUGGAAUUGUGCCAGCUGGUCGACUUCCAAGACAUAAGGAAGUUAUACUGUUGAAUGAUCUGAUUGAUUGUGCACGCCCUGGGGAAGAGAUUGAGGUCACUGGCAUUUAUACAAACAAUUUUGACUUGUCUUUGAAUACAAAGAAUGGAUUUCCUGUCUUUGCGACUGUGAUAGAAGCAAAUUAUGUCACAAAGAAGCAAGACCUCUUUUCAGCAUACAAGCUUACUCAGGAGGACAAAGAAGAAAUUGAGAAACUUGCUAAAGACCCAAAUAUUGGAGAAAGGAUAAUCAAGUCCAUUGCUCCAUCAAUCUAUGGCCAUGAGGACAUAAAGACUGCAAUAGCUCUUGCAAUAUUUGGAGGCCAAGAGAAGAAUGUUGAAGGGAAACACAGAUUGCGUGGAGACAUAAAUGUACUCCUGCUAGGUGAUCCAGGCACAGCCAAAUCACAGUUCCUCAAGUAUGUUGAAAAGACUGGACAGAGGGCUGUCUAUACAACUGGGAAAGGAGCUUCCGCUGUAGGGCUCACAGCAGCAGUGCACAAGGACCCAGUCACACGGGAAUGGACCCUUGAAGGAGGUGCCCUUGUUCUGGCUGAUAAAGGGAUAUGCCUUAUUGAUGAGUUUGACAAGAUGAACGAUCAAGACAGGGUAAGUAUCCAUGAAGCAAUGGAGCAGCAGAGCAUUAGCAUAUCAAAGGCUGGGAUUGUCACUUCUCUCCAGGCCCGUUGUUCCGUCAUUGCUGCUGCAAAUCCUACUGGAGGAAGAUAUGACUCGUCAAAGACUUUCUCGCAAAAUGUUGAAUUGACAGAUCCAAUCAUUUCUCGUUUUGAUAUAUUGUGCGUUGUUAAGGAUGUGGUUGACCCGGUCACAGAUGAGAUGCUUGCAAAGUUUGUAGUAGACAGUCAUUUCAAGUCACAACCCAAAGGUGCUAACUUGGAUGACAGAUCUAUGAGCGAUCGUCAGGAAGAUAUUCAACCCUCUGCAGCACCGGUUGAUCCUAAGAUAAUCCCUCAAGAUCUGCUAAAGAAGUACAUUACUUAUGCCAAGUUGAAUAUAUUCCCAAGGUUGCAUGACACUGAUCUUGACAAGCUCACACAAGUUUAUGCUGAAUUACGAAAAGAAUCUUCGCAUGGACAAGGAGUUCCUAUAGCAGUGAGGCACAUAGAAUCAAUGAUAAGGAUGUCUGAAGCUAAUGCAAGAAUGCAUCUGAGACAGCAUGUCACUCAAGAAGAUGUGGACAUGGCAAUUCGUGUCCUGCUGGAUUCAUUUAUUUCGACACAAAAAUUUGGGGUUCAAAAAGCUUUGCAAAAGAGCUUCAAGAAGUAUAUGACAUUCAAGAAGGAUUUCAACGCGAUAGUCCUGCACCUUCUACGUAUACUUGUUAAGGAUGCACUGCACUUUGAAGAAAUCGUGUCUGGCUGUACCACCGAUUUAUCCCAUAUUGAUGUGAAAGUGGAGGAGCUGCAAAGCAAGACACUUGAUUAUGGAAUCACCGACCUAAAGCCCUUCUUUACAAGCAGUGAGUUCUCUAGAGCCAACUUUGAGUUGGAUGAGCUACGAGGAGUGAUAAGGCAUCGCCUUGCAAGAUGACUGCAAAAUAUUCAUUGGAGAGUUUUUUUUUAUAAAAGUUGUUGAUUCUUAGUCUUGAAACUAAAUAUGCGCCAUUGAUGUUUAAAGAGCAUUUAUAGUAAUGAGCCUUAUAUAUUAUCCUCAAUGGCGCGGACAUUGGACAAGUUUACAAAUCGGAUGAUAUCUACCAUUAAAAUAGAGGGACAACAUGGAACUUCAUUACAGGAAGACCCCCAAUCACUAAAGAUUACAUGUAUUGUUAAUUCUAGACUCGGUAUUGUGGGUUUUAUUGGACUGCAUUGACCUUCAUUGCAUGAAAACUGUCAAUUAAGCUUGCAUUGGAUAAGUUCAACAUGUCUUCUAGGGCUCUGUUCCAAAGGGAACAGAAGUGUAGUGGGGGGUGGGGGUGUUGGUUUUGUUAAUUUAUACUUGACUACAUUAAGGACUUGAAUUUUAUUGCUCAGCCUCCUACCCUUUGAUGAACAAGGCUAAAGUUGUUCUAGUCUCAACAACGUCAAAG